CUCGAAAGCACUGUUAUCAUCUUCAACCGCGUCGACCAUGGCUCCAGCUACCUCGUCAACCUCGCGGGCACACCGUAUCGGCUCGCUCCUCUUCUGCCCCGUGUGCGGAACAUUGCUGGACCUGCCACGAGACGACCAGGACGAGAUCGAGUGCCACCAGUGCGGGCGCAAGGAGCCGGCUUCGUCAUAUGAGAACCUGCCAACAAAGACGUACUCGUCGCCCAAUGCGUUCCCGUCGGCGCUGAAGAGCAAGCGCGCGCUCGUGCAGAACACGAUGCACGGCGAGGAGGCAGCCAAGGGGCGCGACCCGAUCGCACAAGAGAAGUGCGAGAAAUGUGGACACAUCGGCCUCAGCUACAAGGAGAUGCAGCUCCGCUCGGCCGACGAAGGCUCGACCAUUUUCUACAAGUGUCUCAACUGCGGACACCAGACCUCGACCAACAACUAGAUCUUGCAGCACCUUAUGUUGUACAUGCACCCAUGCGCGGA